CUUUCUCUCGAACCAAGCACCAAAAUAAACUAAUCUCUCUCUCUCUCUUUCCCCUUCUCUCCGGCCGCCGCCAUAGCUAUCGUCACCAUUCACACGCAAACACUCUGCACAAAAACACGACACAUCUCUCAUACGCACACCAAAAAAAAGAGGGAGAAGGGGACGGAGGGAGAGAGAGAGAAAUGGGCGUGGAUUACUAUAACAUACUCAAGGUGAACAGAAACGCGAGCGACGACGAUCUGAAAAAAGCGUAUAAGAGGCUUGCAAUGAUAUGGCACCCCGAUAAAAACCCCUCCGGAAAGCGCCCGGAAGCGGAGGCUAAGUUUAAGCAGAUCUCAGAAGCUUACGACGUCCUCAGCGACCCCCAGAAGCGCCAGAUCUACGAUCUCUACGGUGAGGAAGCUUUGAAAUCCGGCCAGUUUCCGCCCCCCGCCGCCCCAUCCCCUUCUCGUGGUCCCCAUUUCUACAAUCACCCUCACCAUAGGCAGCCUCAUCCCAAUCCCUCGUCAUUCCGAUUUAACCCCAGGGACGCCGAGGAUAUCUACGCCGAGAUGUUCGGAUCCGAGACAUCUGCGAGUAGUAGUAAUGGUGGCGCUGCGGGUGCAGCUGGGAGAGGGAAUAGGACUUUUAGGAACGGGUAUUUUAGGAGUAAUAGUAAUUAUACUUUUAAUGCUAAUAGUCACAAUUAUAACAAUAAUGGUGGGGAGGUGAGGAAGGCUGCAGCUCUAGAGAAUUUAUUGCCUUGUAGCUUGGAGGAGCUGUAUAGAGGUGUCAAGAAGAAGAUGCGGAUUUCCAGGAACGUUUAUGAUGCUUCUGGGUACGUCUCCUUUCUCUCUAUGUUUUUUACACACACUUGUUCUUGUGAUUUUUUUCUUGGGUUAAUGACAUGGGUUUUAUUUUCUGUUGCAUAAAGAAAUUUAGGGAUGACACAAUUUUUUAAUAAGUGAAGAAUGGUCCAAAUUUGACAAGAAUACGAUUUUUAUGUUUUAUUCUGCUGCAUUUUUCGUUCUAAUGAUUGGUGAUGAGAUUAUGGUGUUGAGAAAUAUUUCACGGGUUGCAGGAAAACAAUUUUUAUAUUGACAGGUAGGGGGUUUAGGCGGGUUGUAGAUUGUACAGUGAAUUUUGAAAGCGUUUUUAAUAAAAAAUUGUUGAUGUUUGGUAAAAAUAACUGUAAAAAGUCUUAUCAUUUUGAAAAGAUAGAAAAGUUUUUUGUUUGGUAAAACUGACUUUUGAAAUUUUAAGUAUGAAUUUUUAAUAAAACCCAAAACUAUUUUUCUAAAAUUUGCAUUUGUAGCUUUUGGUUUUAAACCUAUCAAAGGUAGAUUUUGGUUUUGGGUGUUGGUAAACGCAUUUUACUUUCAACCCAUUUUACACAGCUUUAUUGCCGUACCUAACGUAGGAAAUUGGAGCUUGGUAAAGUACAGCAAUAUAUUUGCAUCUGAAUUUUGGUUGGACCUUAUUAAACCCAAAGCUUUGUAUAUUACCAUUUGAGAAAAAACAAAA